UGCACACAAAAUGGCUGGUCUAGUGUUAAAGCGAGGGUAAAAAAAAAGUUAAAGCAAAUAAUAGACUUUUCUGAUAUUCGUAUUCUCAUUUCCAGGCCAUGUUUGGACCAAUGGUGUCCUUGAUUCUGCUUCUGAAUCAGUUCCAACUCUUCGCAGCUUCACAUCCUCAGUUUUAUCCGUGUGAAAGUCACUUCACCAAAGACGGACACAUAAAUGUGGACUGCCAGCACAGACGGCUCUCUAAAGUCCCCAGGUUCACUUCUCCCUCAGUUAUAUCACUCAACCUGAAUAACAACCAUAUACACCGCAUUAAAGGGGAUGCAUUUUCUGGUCUACCCAAUCUCAAGUAUCUCAGCCUGAUGUGGAACUGUAUAUCAGACCGUCUUAAGGAGGCAAGAUGGCCGUUAUGCAGUGUGAAUAUUGACCCGGAUGCAUUUGUUGGACUGAAAAACCUCACUUCCCUUCAGUUAGCUGGGAACAGCUUGAAGAUGAUUCCUCCUCUGCCAAAGCAGCUUGAAGUCCUGGGACUGGAAUUCAACAAUAUUUUUAAUAUCGUCAAACCUUUAGGCACACCACAACUAAAGCAACUGCUGCUAAGCAAGAACUGUUUCUACGCAAACCCAUGCCACCAGCCUUACUUUAUCAACUCAAGUGUGUUUCAGGAUCUUCCUGAGCUUUUGAACCUCACCCUUAGUUACAACAACUUGACUGCCAUUCCCUCGUAUCUUCCAGGUUCACUAGAAAGUCUAGACUUGCGAGAGAAUACAAUUGAUCACAUCAAUAAAGAGUCCUUUGCAAAUCUCAGAAAUCUGCGACAUCUCAACCUGGGGUGGAACUGCCAAAGGUGCGACCACGCUUCUGAUCCCUGCUUCCCAUGCCCAAACAACCAGUCUCUGGAUCUCCAUCAGGAUGCCUUUUUGGACCAGAGAGACUCCCUAGUGAGUCUGCAUCUGCAAGGCAACUCGCUUCGUACUCUUCCUCGACAUCUCUUCAUAAACCUACACAAGCUCCAAGAGUUAGAUCUCUCAAGCAACUUUCUAGCCUUCACCAUCCAAAACGGCACCUUUUACGAGGAGCUCCAGAAUGUUGUGAUUCUCAAUCUUCUCUACAACUAUGAACCCCUGAAAACCUUUCCCGAAUUGAAUCUGUCACCGUACAUAGAGAAGAUGGCGUCUCUCAGAGAGUUGUACCUGAGUGGGUUUUUCUUCAAGAAGCUGUCAAACCGCAGCAUUGCACCUUUGGUCAAACUUCCAAGACUUGAGGUCUUAGAUUUACGCAUGAACUUCAUCUGCGACAUUAGCAUUGACGGUCUUAGCCAGCUGAGGACAUUAAGAAGAGUAGAUCUUUCCCAGAACAUGCUCGCCUUUAGUUCGUGCUUUUCAACAUGCACUACUGAAGCAGAACACCAAAUCCCUGACAGACAUGGCAAUGAACAGUUCAACCUCCAAAUGCAAGAACUCCCCAUUCUGAAUGCAGAAACACAAGGCUCAAAUCCAGACUACUGUUCGUUUUAUUUCUCCAUGUGGCAUUUCAAAAGACAAAUCUGCUCUAAAAGCUUAUAUUUUGACCUGUCUCAGAACAACAUCCCAUGGCUGAACGCAAGCACUUUUAGAGGCAUGGACAGAGUGGCAUGCGUAGAUCUGUCCUACAACUACAUCAGUCAAACUUUAAACGGCCACCAAUUCUCACAUCUGAGCAAACUAUCUUACCUUAAUAUGGCGUACAACCGUAUUGACCUGUAUUCCGACAAGGCCUUUCAGGAGGUCAGUGGCACCCUAAAGGCUCUUGACCUCAGCAAUAACGAGUUCCACUUUAUAAUGAAGGGAAUGGGGCAUCAGUUCACGUUCCUCACGCACAUGUCGUCUCUUAUAAUACUAAGUCUAGCAAACAAUCACAUCGGUCUCCGGAUCUCAAACAUCCUCACCAGCGCUUCUCUGAAGUAUCUCAUUUUCUCUGGGAAUCGUUUGGACAUAUUGUGGGACUCUUGGCGUAAUCAAUACAUAAACCUCUUUCAGGGACUCACCAACCUUACGCACUUGGACAUCUCUGAAAAUCAGCUCAAAUCUCUCUCCCCAGAGGUAAUCGUGAACUUGCCUUUGAGUCUCCAAGUUCUCCGAGUCGACUUCAACAUGUUGACGUAUUUCCCGUGGGCAAACAUCUCAGUUCUCCAGCAACUCUGCUACCUCAAUCUGAGUUCAAACAUGCUUUCGUACUUGCCCAAUAUUAACUUUGAGCUCCGUCUCACAGGACUGGAUUUAAGUCACAACCGACUGGUUGCAAUUCCAAAGGUAUUCCUUAGUCAGGCAGCAAACCUUAAAAACCUCAAUCUCAACAACAACCAACUCAAGAUUCUUGACGUCCAGGCUCUCCCCUUGCCAUUCCACAAGGGUUGUACUUUCAUUCCCGGUGGGCAGCAUAAAAACAGGUCCUCCUGCAAACUUGUCCUACAUGCCAAUCCUUUUACUUGCAGUUGUGUUAUUUCAGGAUUUGCCAAAUUUCUUAGAGAAACCGAUUUGGAUGUGCCUCAUCUCACUACACAGGUUCACUGUGGUUUCCCGGAGUCAUUAGCCGGCGUGAAUGUCCUCUCGGUGGAUCUUCGCUCAUGCCAGGAGAUAUUCGGAGGAGUCGCCUUCCUCUGUACUUCACUAUUGACACUAGCAGCAACUUGCGUUCCUCUCCUGAAGCAUCUCUACGGCUGGGAUUUGUGGUAUUUAAUCCAGAUUCUGUGGACUGGACAUCGGGGACACACUCCAGCUAAUGGCAACCCCACGGACAACCAGUAUGAUGCAUUUGUGGUCUUCGAUACCAGUAAUAAGGCAGUCAGGGAUUGGAUCUACAAGGAGAUGCUUGUGAGAUUGGAGAACCGGGGAAGAUGGCGCUUUCAGCUUUGCCUAGAAGAGCGUGACUGGAUUCCUGGAGUCUCGUGCAUUGAGAAUCUGCACAAGUCCGUUUACAGCAGCAGAAAGACAGUGUUUGUGUUGACCAGCCCUGGGGGUUAUUCUGACGCAAGUGGAAUAGUACGUCAAGCCUUCCUUUUGGUGCAGCAGAGACUUCUGGAUGAGAAGGUGGACGUCGCUGUUCUGGUUUUGCUGGAUUUUCUCUUCCCCAAAUUCAAGUACCUUCAGAUGAGAAAGCGACUCUGCAAGAAGUCAGUUCUGUCCUGGCCCAGAAACCCCCGAGUGCAGCCGCUCUUCUGGAAUGACCUGCGCGUCGCUCUCGUUUCUGACAAUGUUAGAGCCUACAACAAGAACGUCACGGAGAGCUUCUUCUGAAAACAGGGCCAGGAGCGUAA